GUAUCCUUUGGACAAAAAAGAUAUUGAAUUAAAAAAUGAGUUUCUUCAAUUCUGUUUUCAAAUAUCGUACACACGACUUGAAAAAUCAAAAACGAUUGAUUAUAAAAUCAAUUAUUGUUAUAUUCGCCAUUGUAUAAGUUUCAUGUUGUCUUACGUUAUUAUCAUGAUACAAUGGAGUCAAAAUUCAUCGAUAAAAGAUCACAUUUCAGUGGAAAAUGUGACGAGUUACAAUUUGAGCAACGUUCAAACGAUGAAUCAAAAUUCGAUCGACGUUCAAAUAUAAUUUUUCAUAGUUGUCGAUUAAUAAGAUUAUAAAUAAAAGAAUGUAAAAUAUGCAGUUAAAAAUAGUGAAUAUUAAAUAUUCUUCCAAUUGAUGUUGAUUUGAUUUUAAAUUCAAAAUAAUUAUUAUUUAUUUUUAAUAAAAUUUCAGGUUUUUUUCAGAAAUAGAUAUAACAUGAUUUGCGGAAGAUCAUGUCCAGAAAAACGCUUUUACAAUAUUAUUAAGACAUUCUUGAAUCGCAUUUCCAUUCGAUAGACUAGUUAAUCAUUAACCAUUAUUCUUGUUAACAAUACUUUCACCGCGAUAUCGAUUCGGAUACGAACGAGCAAUUGUUGUGCUCGUUAUUACUUAGCAGCACUACUUAUACGAUAAUCAUGAUGUGAUAACGAUCUCUUGCUACCUGUCGGGUAAAUAUACGAUGAUGUAUGAAUAAAAUAAACAAGGUGUGAAGCGUUUAAGUUGAUCCAGUUCCAUUUUCCAUUCGCCAUGUACGAGUCGAAAACUCUCAAAGAAACCAUCAAACCGUUGAUGAUAUUAAACUUCAUCUUCGGCAUGGGUCUGACCGGUAUCGAGGCAAAGAAACCCUCGAAGAUACUCGAAUAUAUUUACACGAUAUGCAAUCUGGUGAUACUUUACUUCAUCAAUAAAUUAACUUUGCCUUAUUACGACAAAUUCUAUGUCAUCAGCACAUUCGAGCUAAGUCGUUUCAUAUUUCAAUGGAUGUUCCACGCGAAUAUUUGGACGAUAGCCUUGUUGAUUAUCAUUACCAGGAUAAAAGCAAAGCAAUUACGGACAGUAGUGUCAUUUGUAGAAUUAAACGAUCAAAAAAUGGAAAACAUAGGAUUGUCACCGAAGCAUCGUUGCCUGAUGAUGUAUCAGAUCAAAAGAUACAUAUUCCUUGGAAUAUACACGCUCAUCUUCGUUGUGUUGAUCUAUUAUUGGCAUUACGAAUCAACUACGCCAGUGGUUAUUAAAUUAUGCCUUUCCAUUUUACCGAAUGUUCCGUUCAUAGUGUUCGGUAUUAGCACCAUCUCCUUCUGCUUCUGGGUCACGUGUUUGAAAUUAAAGUUUCAUCAGUUGAACGAGUUACUUCGUAGUAUGAGAACCAUAGAAUCGCCAAUUCACAAAAGAGUGUUGGAAAUGACGAACAACUUCGAGAACAACAGAUUCACUUUGUACAGGAAUGAACACGUAAUAAGGAACACGAACACUAUAAGAGCAGUAAAGCAAAUCCAUCUGGAGAUAAUCAAGAUCGUGAGCCUUCUGAAUCAAACAUUCGGAAUACAGAUCCUGAUACAGAUGACAGUGUCGGUUAUCUUCACCACCAAUCUUCUCCACCUGUUGUAUAGGAUUAUAUGGCUGCAUUUUACCAUCAAUCAGCUUGUACAAGAAUUGAUCUCCGUGAUUUUUUGGAUAUUGAUCUAUGGGUCCCAAAUCUUGUACGUGAAUCACGUUUGUGCCAGCACUAACUCAGAGGCAGUAAAUAUUGGCAAUAUUAUUUGUGAGUUUUAUGAACCAUUCACAACUAAAGAAUUUCAAGCGGAGAUUCGAGAUUUCACUCUACAAUUGAUACAAAAUCCAGUGGUAUUUACGGCAUACGGAUUCUUCAAUCUGGAUCAUUCGUUUAUCCAAGGAGUUAUUGGAACGAUCACCACGUAUCUCGUGGUUAUGAUUCAAGUGGGAGACUUAUCAAAUUCAGACAAGUCGAUACUCUCAUGAAUAGAAAUCAUAUAAAUAGAUAUUUAAUCCAAAUUUUACUUUUAAGGAUAUCAGUCAAUUCAAUUGUAUUGAAUGAAAAAAGAAUUUAAAAGAUUGCUUUUAUCAAUUAUGAAUCAUAAUUUGAAUUUUCUCGAAAAAAAAAGGAAAUAUAAUGAAAUAAUUGAAAGAAUUGAUUAAAUAUAUUUAACUCGAGUUUCUUGGACAUUCGCCCUAACAAUUUUCCGCCAAUUAGGACGUGGACAGGGAUGAUACCUCAAUUACACUACACCCCUGAUAGACCCCAUACUAUUCCAGAUGGAGGCGUUAGACCGUGAAAUUUGGUAAUCUUGAAACUCGAUAGCUCGUAAUUCGGUGAAGAUAGACAGUUACUUCUGAGAGCCAUUCUUAAUCGAUUCUUAAUUUGCGAAAAUUAUGCUUAAAGAGUCUCUGAAAUCAGAAUUAAAUUUCUCUUAUAUACAACAAUAAAAGAUAAUAUUUAAAAGUGAAA